AACCCCUUGAGAUUCGAAGGUUUAAUUGGAUUUAUUUCCUAAUAUUCUCUUUCUUUCAUUUCAUUACAUAUUAGCUAGUAACCAAUAAGUACAUCCGUUAUACCAAAAACUCUCAUGUAUUGGUUUAAUUUCCCACAUUAAUUUCAUAACUCUUCAUCUUCCUCUUAUUAAUCCGCAUAUUCAUAGGUUAUCCUUUGAUUUGUUCAUAUAUAUAAUCCAACACAUCCUCAAUAAUUUCUACAACAAUCAUCACACGAAUCCCCACUACUCCAUAGCUAAGUAACAACAUGAAUAGUACUCUCAUGAUCAUCAAAAUUGUACUACUAUUUACCCUGAUUUCAUGGAUUAAUAUUCUUCAAGCUCGACCAUUAACCACUUAUACCACUGAUACUACUAGUCUCAUGACACGUUUAAAGUUGCAAGAUGAAGAAGGAUCAUCACCCUGUUGGGAAUCAUUGUUCGAGCUCCAAGCAUGCACAGGAGAGAUCGUGCUUUUCUUUGUUAAUGGUGAAACCUAUCUUGGUCAAGAUUGUUGUGGUGCCAUAAGAACUAUUGAACGCCAAUGUUGGCCAUCUAUGCUUGGCUCUCUUGGUUAUACUUCUGAAGAAGGUGACAUUCUACAUGGAUAUUGUGAUGCUAGUGAGUCUGGUUCAACCCCUGAGAUACCAUCAUUUCCUAAUUUGGAUCCAUAAGCAGAUUAAUAUUGAUGUUGCAAAAAAUAAAAUUAGUGGUUUAAUUUUGAAGUAUUGUUAUGUAUCACCAGUAUAUGGAAGAAUUUAUAUAAAGCUUUGACAUGGUUGAUGCUAUGAGUUUAUUCCA